UUUUAUUUUGCCUUUUAUUCUGUAAUUCCUCAAACGGUAAAUGUAAUUUUACAGUUGUGGUGAAUGUGCGACUGGGCGCCGACGUGUGUUGGCGGGUGAUUUAUUUCUCAUUUUGGUUUAAGCUCUGCUGCUGUUGUGAGAGAGUGAUGGCCAGGCCGGUAAGGAACAAGAAAAUUGUAGAUUAUUCACAGGGUGGAGACUUUGAUGAUGAUGAAGAUUUUGCGUAUGUAUCAGGUCCUCCAAGUAAAAAAUCCCGUCUGACAACUAAGGAUCAGAAACAAAUAAAAGGGAAAAAAAAUAACAUUUCUGGCAGUCAAGAUGCAAAAGCUGAAAAGGAACGACCGAAAGAAAGGUUGCCACUUGAUGAAAAACUUUAUCAAAGAAACCUGAAAGCUGCAUUAGUCUUAUCAGUGCAAGAGCCAGCUAGUGAAGAUAAUAUUUCUGGUGAAAAUGAAGGUUCCUCAGUUCGAUCUAGACCAAAGCGAGCUGCAACUCAAUCGAAGCAAAUUCUGCUUGAUGAUAGAGGUAUUGAUGGUGAAUGUGAAGAGGAUUCUGCGGGUGAACAGGACUACAUGGCGGAAUUCACACUUGAAUCCGACAUCCAAGCAAAGUAUAUUGGACAGUCUGCUGAACUGUUGACUCUCAUUUUACCUGAAGAUGUUUUUGUAAAUGCUGAAGAAUCAGAAAGCAGUGAAAAUAGUACAGAUGAGGAUGAGGAAUUUACUUUUAAAAAUAUGUCAAAUAAAAAUAAGAAAAAGGAUAAAAUUAAAACACAAACCAAGAAGAAAGAGAAAAAAUCUCUGAAACUUGACAACAUUCCUACAGCUGUGGUUCCGGUAAAAAGCAAGCCUUUAUUAUUGGAAGAGAUGCCAGCUUCUCUGCCACCUUCUAAAUCGUUACAGGAAUCAUGUCUUUCCACUGGAAUCAAAAAACCAAAGUGGACUCCACCAGCCCCUAAAGAAAGCAGUGGUAACCCACGGGAACAAACUUCUGUCAGAAGUCCAUGUCAAGGCCUUCGGUUAGGCCUGUCUCGAUUAGCCAGAGUAAAACCUUUGCAUCCCAUUUCUGACAAUGAUUGAACAUGAUUUAAAACUGUUUUCAAGACAGAUGAAGCUUUGCCUCAGUCCUUUAGUAUUAAUGUCCAUUUUCUUCAUAUUAUCAUAAGAUUGCUUUUCAAAUCAGAUUGUGUAUUUCUUUAAGAAGGUAUUUUUUUAGAACCUGUUAAUAAUCUUGGCAGAAACAGUGACUGGAGGAAAUGUUUUGACAACGUUGCUUCCCAAAGAGCCCAGGAAAUUAUUUUUCCAUAUUUCUUUCAAUUGACAUUGACAAUUUGAGAAUGUUUUUAAGUAAACUUGAGAUAUAAACACACACUUACUGAGACCAUUGGGAUGUUGAUGUUUUGUGGUGUGGUCUUAUGACUUUUGUUUUAAGAUAGUUGGAUGAUAAUGUUAUCUGUACGCUCAGUGUAAUGGAAUUGCAAAUACUUUGAUUAUAAGCACAUUUGCAGUAUUAGGUGCACACAGUAAAUUUUCCUUUAGCAAUGCAUUGGGCUAUGUGAUGGUAACAAUGGCUUCAAGUUGGAAUUUCUAACCAUGUAGAUUGUCUUAGUCUGAAAGCAUCACACAGCCUGUCAAUAUUUUAUAUGAUUGUACCUUCUGUUUCUAAGGAAUUUGAAUGCCUGGAGAAAGACUGUUGUUGCUUCAUAAUUGGUAGAUAUUAUAAGGUUGUUCCUAAUAAGCUAAUAGGAUUCAAUAACAUGGGAAGUCUGUUCAUGCCUGAUCCAAAUUUACCCCUAACUACUUUUUAACUAUGUUGUUAAGAUUUGAUAUGCAUUUAAGGCAAUUUAAAGGUUGGAUUUAUAAUAAUUAUUUUUGUAAGUUUAAAAAUAAACAGCCAUUUGUAACAAAUGCAAGGCAUACAGAAUUUUUUUUAAUAUUGCACAAGCACCUGAAUUUAUGGCACCCCAAUAUAUCUGAGAAAUGUCUAAAACUAUGUUGCAACUAAAGAAUUACUUUCAUUGUUGUAA